CCCAGCCCCCCGCGCAGCCUGCAAGUUUGCUCGGCGGUCUCGGGCGGCCUCUCGGGCUACCUGAACCGGCCACCACGUCAGCGCCACAUCAUCUGGGUGUUUUCUAUUUGCAAGGAAACAGGAAAAGAAGGGCGAAGAAGCUCUCCGGAGCGGGCGGGCCGGUCUGCGGCGCGGGCCUCGCGGCCGGACGGCGGAGAAGAUGCUGCAGUCCCUGGCCGGCAGCUCGUGCGUGCGCCUGGUGGAGCGGCACCGCUCGGCCUGGUGCUUCGGCUUCCUGGUGCUCGGCUACCUGCUCUACCUGGUCUUCGGCGCCGUGGUCUUCUCGUCGGUGGAGCUGCCCUACGAGGACCUGCUGCGCCAGGAGCUGCGCAAGCUGAAGCGGCGCUUCCUGGAGGAGCACGAGUGCCUGUCGGAGCCGCAGCUCGAGCAGUUCCUGGGCCGGGUGCUGGAGGCCAGCAACUACGGCGUGUCGGUGCUCAGCAACGCCUCGGGCAACUGGAACUGGGACUUCACCUCCGCGCUCUUCUUCGCCAGCACCGUGCUCUCCACCACAGGUUAUGGCCACACUGUGCCCCUGUCCGACGGGGGCAAGGCCUUCUGCAUCAUCUACUCGGUCAUCGGCAUCCCUUUCACCCUUCUGUUCCUGACGGCGGUGGUCCAGCGUGUCACCAUCCAUGUCACCCGCAGGCCAGUCCUCUACUUCCACGUCCGCUGGGGCUUCUCCAAGCAGGCGGUGGCCAUUGUCCACGCCGUCCUUCUCGGUGUGGUCACCGUGUCCUGCUUCUUCUUCAUCCCGGCCGCGGUGUUCUCCCUCCUAGAGGAUGACUGGAACUUCCUGGAAUCCUUUUACUUUUGCUUCAUUUCCCUGAGCACCAUUGGCCUCGGGGAUUAUGUUCCCGGAGAGGGCUAUAAUCAAAAAUUCAGGGAGCUCUACAAGAUUGGGAUCACGUGUUACCUGCUUCUUGGUCUUAUUGCCAUGUUGGUGGUUCUGGAAACCUUCUGUGAGCUCCACGAGCUGAAGAAGUUCAGAAAAAUGUUCUACGUGAAGAAAGACAAGGAAGAGGAUCAAGUGCACAUCAUAGAGCACGACCAGAUGUCCUUCUCCUCCAUCAUGGACCAAGCGGCCAGCGUGAAGGAGGACCAGAAACAGGAUGAGCCUUUUGUGCACCCCCAGUCACCGGCCUUUGCCGACGGUGCCGCGACCCAGUAGGCUUAGGGCUUUGCUGCGCUGUCCCAGAGCGCAGGCUCAGGGCAGUGGGAGGAGGCUUCACUUUGUUCAUUUUGAUGAGUAUGUAAAAGCCAAGGUGACAUUUUCACAAAUAUCUACUGUCUGCAAUAUUUUUUGUAUAACGGAGCAAAGGAAGCUUUUACUCUGGAGGACUGUCUGAAAUCCGAGAAAAUGGGGUCUGUACCCGUCAUUCAUAUGUGACAAAAUUAUCUCGACUUUACUAAUAGGUGAACAACACUCGAAGCAGGGUGUCUCUGUGGAGAGAAGCAGAUUUUAUACUUUUCAUUGGGGACUUUGGGAUUUGCAUUCAAAUCAUUUAGCUGAUGGUUAAAUGGCAACAUUUAUAUUUAAAAGCAAAAAAAGAAAAGCAUAGAGAUGUGUUUUACAAAUAAGUUUAUGUGUACUGGUUUGCAUGUGCCCAUCUAAAAUCAUUAUUUUUGUAGACUCUAAGUUAAACCUACUAUUUAUAAUGACUAGAUAACCAUUAACUGUGUACAUAUAAAGUAUAAAUAUGUUUAUAUCCUGUACAUACGGUUUAGGUCCCCAGAUCCCAGCACACUUCUUAACCCAAGACUGUAGAGAUUUUCCCCUUUGAUUUCUCUUUAUACUGAAGAAUCAAAAGUUGCUGCAAUAAAAAUUACUUUAGUAUUCUGCUACAAUAAAUGUUUCUACCCUCUUGCAGUAGUAUGGUCUCGAAUGUCUAAAAUGUUUGUAAGCAUUUUCUCUGGAGGUGAACAAGUAACAAAGAAUAUGAUUUUGUAAAGAAAAAAAAAAAGAAAAGAAAAAAAAGUUAAGAUUUUGUUUUGAAAGUGCAUUAUGAUUUGCUAUCACCUAGUACUAAAGCAGAGAACCCAAACACAGACGCUCCAAAUGAACAGAUUCUGUCAAAUUAGUCCGAGAGUUUUUUUAAUUUAUAAGUUGAAUAAAUAAAAAUGUUAGCUGGU